ACACUGCCUUUCUCCAUUGGAUCUCUGUGAGAGUCACAUGCUUUGGAUAUCUUUGAAAAGAAUCUUCUGCAGCCUCAGCAUCUCAUCUGAGUCUCUGAAUCCCAUCUAGAACUGUGCUGAGCUCUCACCUACCACAAUGAGCAACAGAUUCCUGGGUACCUGGAAACUUGUCUCUAGUGAGAACUUUGAUGAUUACAUGAAAGCUCUGGGUGUGGGGUUAGCCACCAGGAAACUGGGAAAUUUGGCCAAACCCAGGGUGAUCAUCAGCAAGAAAGGGGAUAUUAUAACUAUACGAACUGAAAGCACCUUUAAAAAUACAGAGAUCUCCUUCAAGCUAGGCCAGGAAUUUGAAGAAACCACAGCUGACAACAGAAAAACCAAGAGCGUUGUGACCCUGCAGAGAGGCUCAUUGAAUCAAGUACAGAAAUGGGAUGGCAAAGAGACAACCAUAAAAAGGAAGUUGGUGAAUGGGAAAAUGGUAGUGGAAUGUAUGAUGAAGGGCGUGGUCUGCACCAGAAUCUAUGAGAAGGUCUGAGAAAAUCAUUUUCUCAUUGAGUGGUUUUGAUAAUUUAAUGUUGGAAAUCAGUUGCUUCUAUUGGCCCAAGCUGAAUACAAAUGUUUGUUUGUUUUGCUGUCGUUUGAAUAUGUCAGAUAGACAAAGUCUUACACUGAGGAUUAAUUUUAAAUUCAGUGUUAUUUAAACAUUUGUGAUUUGUAUGUAUGUCAUUACUCUAUUAAAACAUACAUAUUGACGAAACCUAAGUAGUUGGAUAAUGUCAUUUAAUUAACUGUGAAAUUCUAACCUAUGUUGUACUUUGUAUACUUGAAAUGAUAAUAAAAAGGAAAUAAUAGGUUAGAAAAAGGAAGUAAAGGUAUUGAUCAUGGUAGCAAACUCAAAU